UCUUAUUAAUUAACCCACAAGCAAUGUGUCUACCGUGGGCUCGUAGCGAACACAAACGUGGUGGCUGUGAUCUGUGCUGGUGACUGCGAUCAUGACGGAUCGUUACGAAUAAACUAAUCUACUUUUGAACAGAAAGUGGUAGGCCUUUCGAAUCUGUGAAACCAGGGGAUAGUGCGGGACCAUCGACAGUAACAGCAACCUUGAAGGAAGGAUCGGAAGUGGUACAAACGGGUCAGAUUUGUUCCUGGUGCCGCACCAAAUCUUGUAUAGUUCUUACUUUACGUGUGUAGGGUGUCAUUGUACUGAAUAAUCCUUUCCUUUGUGUUCUUAAGUGUUAACUGUCCAUAAAGUAAAUUAGUGAGCAAUGGAGAUGUCACAUAUGAAAACAUGGCAAGAAGUUGUAGAUCAUUUUGGUACUGAUCCAGAAAGAGGUCUCUCAGAAGAGCAGUUCCAGAGAAACCUUGAUAAAUAUGGGCCUAAUGAAUUACCUGCAGAAGAAGGUAAACCAUUAUGGCAGCUUAUUUUGGAACAGUUUGAUGAUCUGUUAGUAAAGAUUUUACUUCUAGCUGCAGUGAUAUCUUUUGCAUUAGCUUUAUUUGAAGAAAAUGAUGGCCAGAUCACAGCCUUCGUUGAACCAUUCGUCAUUCUCCUUAUUCUUAUUGCCAACGCAGUCGUCGGUGUGUGGCAGGAAAGGAAUGCUGAAAGUGCCAUCGAAGCUCUUAAAGAAUAUGAACCUGAAAUGGGCAAAGUCGUACGAAGCAACAAGCAAGGUGUGCAGAAGAUUCGGGCGAGAGACAUUGUUCCUGGAGACAUCGUAGAAAUUUCAGUUGGUGACAAAGUCCCAGCAGACAUUAGGCUGAUGAAGAUCUUCUCAACAACUAUACGGGUAGACCAGUCCAUUCUGACAGGUGAAUCUGUGUCUGUGAUUAAACAUACAGAACCUGUUCCAGACCCACGGGCUGUUAACCAGGAUAAGAAAAACAUUCUUUUUUCAGGUACUAAUAUUGCAUCAGGAAAGGCUCAAGGGAUUGUCAUUGGAACUGGAUUGGAAACAGCCAUUGGUAAGAUCAGAACAGAAAUGUCUGAGACAGAAGAGGUAAAGACACCCUUGCAGCAGAAACUUGAUGAGUUUGGUGAACAGUUGUCCAAAGUGAUCUCUGUAAUCUGUGUGGCUGUGUGGGCUAUUAAUAUUGGCCACUUUAACGAUCCAGCUCAUGGUGGAUCAUGGAUCAAGGGGGCCAUUUACUAUUUCAAGAUUGCUGUUGCUUUAGCUGUAGCUGCCAUUCCAGAAGGUCUACCUGCUGUUAUUACAACAUGUCUAGCAUUAGGUACACGAAGAAUGGCGAAGAAGAAUGCUAUAGUGAGGUCACUACCCUCUGUAGAGACGUUAGGUUGCACCUCAGUCAUCUGUUCAGACAAAACUGGAACAUUAACCACAAACCAAAUGUCAGUUAGUAGGUUCUUUGUCAUUAAAAGUGCAGAAGAUGAAGAUGUUAACUUACAUGAAUUUGAAGCAACGGGAUCCACCUAUGAACCUAUUGGAGAAGUUUUUAAAGAUGGGAGUAAAGUUCGUUGCAGUGAUUAUGAAGCUUUGUAUGAACUAGCUACCAUUUGCACAAUGUGCAAUGACUCCAGUAUAGACUUUAAUGAGUACAAGCAGAUGUUUGAAAAGGUGGGUGAAGCUACAGAGACAGCACUUGUUGUUCUUUCUGAAAAAAUGAACCCCUUCAACUUUGAAAAGACAGGCCGAACUAAGAGAGAUGCUGCUCUAGUUGUAAACCAUGGUAUCCAAGCUAUGUGGAAGAAAGAAUUUACUCUUGAGUUUUCCCGUGAUCGCAAGUCCAUGAGCUCAUAUUGCAUCCCAAUCAAAUCUGUUCGCCUUGGAGCAGGCUCAAAGAUGUUCUGCAAGGGUGCACCAGAAGGAGUGCUUGAUAGAUGUAGCUUUGUGAGAAUUGGAAAUAACAAGGUUCCUAUGACCAAUACCAUCAAAAAUAAAAUCUUGGAACGCACUCGCCACUAUGGUACUGGGAGAGACACUCUUCGCUGCCUGGCCUUAGCUACUAUUGAUGAGCCACGAAAACCAGAGGAAAUGGAUCUGGCAGACUCAACGAAAUUCUACACAUAUGAGGCUAACAUGACAUUUGUUGGAGUUGUAGGGAUGUUGGAUCCACCAAGGAAGGAAGUUUUUGACUCCAUUGUUCGAUGUGCAAAUGCUGGUAUCCGAGUAAUUGUUAUUACUGGUGACAACAAGGCUACAGCAGAAGCUAUCUGUCGCAGAAUUGGAGUGUUUGGUGAAAAUGAGAACACCUCAGGCCUCUCCUACUCGGGCCGUGAGUUUGAUGAUCUUUCUCCUAAUGAACAGCGAUUAGCCUGUGCUCGAGCUCGACUCUUCUCCCGCGUGGAACCAGCUCACAAAAGUAAAAUCGUAGAGUUUCUUCAAGCAGAUGGAGAGAUCUCGGCUAUGACUGGUGAUGGCGUUAAUGAUGCCCCUGCCCUCAAGAAAGCUGAAAUUGGUAUUGCUAUGGGUUCGGGAACUGCAGUUGCCAAGUCAGCUGCAGAAAUGGUAUUGGCUGAUGAUAAUUUUUCCACUAUUGUAGCUGCUGUUGAAGAAGGAAGAGCCAUUUAUAACAAUAUGAAACAAUUUAUCCGUUACCUAAUCUCAUCAAACAUUGGUGAAGUAGUGAGCAUUUUCCUCACAGCUGCUUUAGGCUUACCCGAGGCCUUGAUUCCUGUCCAGCUGCUCUGGGUGAACUUAGUUACUGAUGGCCUUCCAGCCACAGCCCUAGGCUUUAACCCUCCAGAUCUUGAUAUCAUGGAUCGUCCUCCUCGCAAGGCAGACGAGGGACUAAUCUCUGGAUGGCUUUUCUUCCGUUACAUGGCUAUUGGAGCUUAUGUUGGUGCUGGGACAGUUGGUGCUGCUGCCUGGUGGUUUAUGGUGGCUGCUAAUGGACCCCACAUGAAUUAUUACCAACUGACCCACCAUCUGAGCUGCCCUGGUGACCCAGAAAACUUUAAAGGAGUGGACUGUAAUGUUUUCAAUGACCCUCAUCCUAUGACCAUGGCCUUGUCUGUUUUGGUAACAAUUGAAAUGUUGAAUGCUCUCAACAGUCUUUCAGAAAACCAGUCUCUUGUUGCCAUGCCUCCUUGGACCAACUUGUGGUUAGUGUCAGCAAUGGCACUUUCCAUGACCUUACACUUCAUGAUCUUAUACAUUGAAAUCCUUUCAACCGUAUUCUCUGUGUGUCCACUGACACUUGAAGAGUGGAUGGCCGUCAUGAAGAUCUCUCUUCCCGUUAUUAUCUUAGACGAGACGAUGAAGUUUGUUGCCCGCAACUAUAUUGAUGUUUCUCCUGCUGUUGUAUCAAAGAAAAAACACUAAAGAUUGCUGUUGACAUAGAAGCUCUACACCCUGUAACUGUUGGCAAGUAGGAAAGCCAAAGUUUGCUGCUGAUCUCUUACUUAGGGUGUAUAGCCUUUCUUUCUGCUAAACUGUGGUGUUAUUUGUUCGUGUCGUCUUUGUUUCCAGGGUCUUGGUGUCACCAACAAAAAUCGGCCUUCACACGAACAACUGAACACCAGAACAAAAAUCUUUAUUUGAAAGCGUAAAGAGAACACAAGAAAGCAUUAUACCUAUAUACUAAUUAUGUGAACAGGUUAGUUUAAUUUACAAUUACAACUACUUCCCAUCCCAUACAAACUUUAUUGAAGAAGCUUAUAAUUAUUGUUGUUCUUGUUAUUUUUUUCUUGUGAUUAGAAAAUUCCUCAAAUUAAUAACUCUUCGAAUGUGGCCUUCAUUUUCCACAAAGAUGGAAUGUGAUAGUUUAUUGUCUCACAAUAAUUUACUGCACUCAACAGCGUUACCACCCAAGAUGCCUGUUCAUUAAAAAAUUACCAUUUUUCCCUUUUUACUUUUGUCUGUUCUUAUUUUGAUGAGUGUACUCUGGUCAGUGAGAGAAGUUUAGCUUUCUUAUCUGUGAGUGUUUUUCUCAUAAUCUUUGUAGUUAGAUUUUUCUUUUUUUCUGUGAGGAUUGACUUCUUGUCUCUUUUGCUUUUGAUGUGUAAUGAUAUUUUCUCUAAAGCCCUUUUAAGAAAAAUAAAAAAAUGAGGGUUAAUUUUAAUAAUGGUAGAUAUAGUAAGAUUGUUUUAAGAUAUUUGAAAUACAAAGGUAUAGAAAUGCACUGUCUGUGAGACUUUGGAGAUCAUUUAUUGUUUGUUUUUCUUCAUAACCCAUUCUUUCAAAUGAUACAGUGUGUUCAUGUGGAUCUUUACAGUUUUAACUUAUUUUUUGAACAUUAAAUUGACCACUUAUGUGAUGAUGAUCAGGCACCAGCUUUUCAGGAAAGAGGCUGGUGGUUCAGUGCAAUAAAGAAAAGACUUGAACAUCAGUGUGUACUUGUUUUUCAUUUCUAAAGAUCAGAAUUGAAAGGAAUGUUGAUCGUAAUAGGUGUAAGCUGUGAGAGUGAAACUCAUGCUUUCAUCAUGGACAGAAAAUUGAAUUAACAGAUUCUGUGUAUUAGUGCCAUUUAUGUUGUUUUUGUUCCUAAUAUUUUAUUGUCUUGUUCUUGUUGAUAAAUUAUCAGAUGCAUGAUCAAUUUUUGUACAUUGACCUCCCCUGUACAGUAGGCGAAAGUGGAAUAAAGCCAAAUUUUAUUACCUUACAA